AUGUACAGACAAAUUCGCGUCGAUGAAUCUCAAACUCACCUCCAAAGAAUUUUGUGGAGAGAAUCACCGGAUCAACCAAUCAAAGAAUUUGAACUCAGCACUGUAACAUACGGUACUGCAGUUGCACCAUUUUUGGCAACACGCACAUUAAAGCAACUUUCGAUCGACGGUUCCAAUGAAUUUCCAAUAGCGUCUCCUGUACUAAGGGAGGACUGCUACAUGGAUGAUGUGUUAUCCGGCGCAGAUAGCGUCGAAGAAGCAGCAAUGCUAUCCGAGCAAUUGACCGAUUUAAUGAAAUCUGGUCAAUUUCGUCUGCGAAAGUGGUCCAGCAAUUCAUAUGAAUUCUUGAAUCGUAUUCCGAAAGAAGAGCGGGAAAUAAAUUCCUUUAACGGUAUAACGAAAACGCUUGGUAUUUGUUGGUCGACAGACACCGACGAGCUCGCAAUCAACGUAUCGUUAGAUUUGGAUGCUGUACCUCGCACUAAACGACAGCUCACGUCUGAAAUUGCCUCGCUCUAUGACCCGUUGGGCUAUAUUUGCCCAGUGGUGAUCAUGGGCAAACAAAUCUUGCAAAAAAUAUGGCGUCACGAAAGCAAAAUCGAGUGGGACGAUAGCAUUCCACAAGAGUUUGUUGACGAGUGGCAAAAAGUUAAAGCAGAAAUGAAAUUCAUCGCCGAUUUGCGAAUUCCACGCUGGGUGAAUUGUAGUCGGUCAGACACCAUCGAAAUGCAUGGAUUUUCCGAUGCAGCCGAGGCCGGAUAUGCAGCGGCAAUUUAUAUUGUCAAUCGUACACGUCGAAUCUGCUUGUGGUCCGAUUCGAGAAUCGUUCUCGAUUGGAUCCACGCCAAUCCAAAGAGAUAUAAAACAUUUAUUGGGUCAAGAAUUGCAAAAAUCAAUAAGCUCGUUGAAAAAGAUUGGUGGUCACAUGUACGUUCCGAGGACAAUGCGGCUGAUUGUGCAUCGCGUGGAAUCUCACCAGCGGAAUUAAGCACACACUCAUUGUGGUGGAACGGUCCGAGUUUUCUAGUGAAUGCGGCUCUGGAACCACCGCGAUAUAAACCAAAACUCGAAUUGCCAGUUCUCGAGGCUGCUGUUAAUGUGUCCAAAUUGGAUGAAAAAGAAAAAUUUACGCUGCCCGAGUCAUCAACAUAUGAAAAAUUGAAACGAGUAAUUGCUCUUUGUCAACGUUUCUCGUUCAAUACAAACCCAAAAAUAAAAACAAACGAACUGGCAUAUUAA